CUGAGCCUCAACUCCACCCCACGAUGAAGCACCUCCACCACCACAGCCUCCUACUACUCUCCUGCAUCCCUCUCCUACUUUGUGCCGUCGUGCCGGUGGCCACGGGUGGACGGCGCGAAGCACAAGCGCUGCUGAAAUGGAAGGCGACCUUGGCCGGCGGCCGCGAGUCCCUCAGCUCGUGGUCCUUGGCGGUCAACUCCACCAGCCCGUGCAACUGGAUGUUCGUCAUCUGCAACUCCGCCGGCGACGUCAUAAAGCUCCUCAUUAGCGAAGCGAGUCUCAACGGGACGCUCGCCGGGCUGGACUUCUCGGCUUUCCCUCACCUGGAGGUCCUUGAUAUGGAGUCCAAUGACCUGUACGGCUCCAUCCCGGAGGGGAUCGGCAACCUGACGAGCUUGACUUCGUUGCGGAUCAUGUAUGACCCACAUUUAACGGGGGAGAUCCCGCGUAACAUCGGAAAGCUGAAGCAGCUCGUCGAGCUACAGUUGCAGAGUUUGGGGCUUAAUGGUGCGAUCCCUCCCGAGAUUGGUAACCUGACAAGCUUGGAAGAACUGUCUCUCGGCGGGAACAGUCUGACAGGCUCAAUCCCACCAACAAUUGGGAACAUGACAGAGCUGCAUGUCAUGGACUUGGGACAGAACCAUUUGGACGGGGAGCUGCCGAGCACCCUCUCUCACCUUGUAAAACUUAAAUCCUUGUCUGUGUCAAACAAUCAACUCGAAGGCCACAUCACCACGCAGCUCGGGGACAAGAGCAAUCUAGUUUGGAUCGACAUUUCCGGGAACAACUUCUCCGGCACUUUCCCACAGUCCAUUUGCACAGGAGCAUUGCAAAAUUUCUUGGCUAGAAGGAAUGGGUUUGCAAACCUACAUCUACAUGACCUGAACUUUCAGAACUGCACGUCCCUUGAAGUUCUUGAUUUUGCAGCAAACAAUAUUCUUGGAGACCUCAGCGAAUGUUUUCCAUCAAAUUUCUCAUUUCCCGAUAUUCAGGUACUUGCCCUUUCUUCUAACAACAUUACUGGCACCAUACCUAUGUUACUUUGUAAUGCUACCCUUCUAACGAUCCUAGACCUGUCAAAUAAUGCCUUAUACGGAGAUCUCCCAGAUUGUUUGUGGGACUUACCAACUAUAGUGUUUAUGGAUUUGUCUAGCAAUUCACUCAGUGGUGUAGUUCCUUUCUCAAGGUCAUCUAACAGCACUCUUCAAUCUCUACACCUAGCCAACAACCACUUCAAAGGCAGUUUUCCUGCUAUCAUUAAAAAAUGUGACCAUCUUAUCACUCUAGAUCUUGGAAACAAUUACUUCACUGGCAUUGUGGGUAUUGACUUGUCAUGCAAUUCCAUUUCACAAAUGAUUCCUGAGGGUCUCACAACCCUCCGUGGACUCAAGUACUUGAACUUGUCAAGAAAUAAUCUUUCGGGUGAUAUUCCCAAAGACAUCGGCAAUCUGGCAUUGCUAGAAUCCCUCGACCUCUCAUCUAACAAGCUGAAAGGGGAAAUUCCUCCAAGCUUUGCAGAUUUGAAGUCUAUAACAACUCUGAAUCUCUCGCACAAUGGUUUGUCAGGAAGGAUACCGACGGGUAGGCAGCUGCAGACACUUGAUCCAUCAACAUACAGCAACAACCCAGGGCUAUGCGGUUUUCCUUUGAAAGAAUGUGCAGAUGCAACGUCAUCACAGACUGAAAUGAGCCAGGAUGAUGAUAGAGAGGCACUGUUGUUGUAUUGCUUUGGGGUUGCCGGAUUUAUCUUUGGAUUCUGGCUAUCCUGGGGCAUCGUAUUUUGCAACGAGACCUGGAGAUGUGCACUCUAUCAGUACGUCGAUAACAUGCAAGAGAAGGUCGCAAAGAUUGCUGCAUAUCGUUGCUCCAGGCCCAGGCCCUGA